CCAACCGCCAUUGCCUCGUGCCCGCGCCGGUCGGUUGGUGGCGCCUUUGUCCUACGGCGGGCAGGUGGGCUGAGGCGGAGGCUGCGGUGGCGGCGGGCCUGAGGCGAAGGAGCAUCGGGGAGUCCGCCGUGCUGGUAGCGAUAUUAAUAAGGCAGCGGAAAGAAGAAAUAUGAAUACGGCUCCAUCAAGACCCAGCCCCACACGAAGAGAUCCAUAUGGCUUUGGAGACAGUCGAGAUUCAAGACGUGAUCGAUCCCCAAUUCGAGGAAGUCCAAGGAGAGAGCCCAGGGAUGGAAGAAAUGGUCGUGAUACCCGGGAUAGCAGAGACAUGCGAGACCCCCGAGACUUGCGGGACCACAGAGAUAGAGACGUUCGGGAUCACAGAGACAGCAGAAGUAUGCGUGAUGCUCGGGACAUGAGGGAUCUUAGAGACUUCCGUGAUCUAAGAGACUCUAGGGAUUUUCGAGAUCACCGAGAUCCCAUGUAUGACAGAUACAGAGAUAUGAGAGACUCCCGAGAUCCCAUGUACAGGUACAGGAGAGAGAGCUCUUAUGACCGAUACCUGCGAAUGGAUGACUAUGGCAGGAGAAAGGAUGACUCUUACUUUGACCGUUACAGGGAUAGCUUUGAUGGAAGAGGCCCUCCAGGCCCAGAAAGUCAGUCUCGGGCAAAAGAGCGUUUGAAACGGGAAGAACGGCGUAGAGAAGAGCUUUAUCGUCAAUAUUUUGAAGAAAUCCAGAGACGCUUUGAUGCUGAGAGGCCUGUUGAUUGUUCUGUGAUUGUGGUCAACAAGCAGACUAAAGAUUAUGCUGAAUCUGUGGGGCGGAAGGUGCGAGACCUAGGCAUGGUAGUGGACUUGAUCUUCCUCAACACAGAGGUUUCGCUGUCACAAGCCCUGGAGGAUGUUAGCAGGGGAGGGUCUCCUUUUGCUAUUGUCAUCACCCAGCAACACCAGAUUCACCGCUCCUGUACGGUCAACAUCAUGUUUGGAACCCCACAAGAGCACCGCAACAUGCCCCAGGCAGACGCCAUGGUGCUGGUGGCCAGAAAUUAUGAGCGCUACAAGAAUGAGUGCCGGGAAAAGGAACGCGAGGAGAUUGCCAGACAGGCAGCCAAGAUGGCCAAUGAAGCCAUUCUACAGGAAAGAGAGCGAGGAGGCCCCGAUGAAGGAGUACGCGGGGGCCAUCCUCCAGCCAUCCAAAGCCUCAUCAACCUGCUGGCAGACAACAGGUACCUCACUGCCGAAGAGACUGACAAGAUCAUCAACUACCUGCGAGAGAGGAAGGAGCGGCUGAUGAGGAGCAGCACCGACUCUCUGCCUGGCCCGAUUUCCCGCCAACCACUCGGGGCGACCUCGGGUGCCUCGCUGAAGACACAGCCAAGCUCCCAACCGCUCCAGAGCAGCCAAGUGCUCCCCUCUGCUACACCCACUCCAGCUGCGCCCCCCACCUCCCAGCAAGAGCUUCAGGCCAAAAUCCUCAGCCUCUUCAAUAGUGGCACGGUUGUGGCCAAUAGCUCUGCAUCUCCCUCAGUCGCUGCCGGAAACACCCAGAACCAGAAUUUUUCCACAGCCGUAAACAGCCAGCCUCAGCAAAGAUCACAGGCCUCUGGUAAUCAGCCUCCAAACAUUUUGGGACAGGCAGGAUCUGCUCAGAACAUGGGCCCCAGGCCUGGGGCUCCUUCCCAGGGCCUCUUUGUCCAGCCUUCCAAUCGCCUGGCACCUGCCAGCAACAUAGCUAGCCAGAGGCCGGUACCUUCCACAGGUAUCAACUUUGACAAUCCAAGUGUACAGAAGGCUCUGGACACCCUGAUCCAGAGUGGCACUGCUCUCUCGCACCUGGUUAGCCAAACCACAGCACAGGUGGGACGGCCCCAGGCGCCCAUGGGAUCUUACCAGAGGCAUUACUGAGGCUCAAUCUCAACUAUUCCCAGCUCCCUCGUCCCCGGCCGCCUCCCAUCUAUUGUGUUCUAAGUAGUUCUUUGGAGGAUGUUCUGUGAGCCUAUCCAGGUCACAUCAAAUGUCAUAAGUUUCUACCAUCUGCUCUCUCUUCUGCCCAAGGCUGUGUUGCUUAUUCCUUCCAGAGUCAGAGUUUGUACUGCAUUUGGGGUUGUGUAUUUUUUGUUGUUGUUGUUUUUGUUUUUUUGUAGAAAAUAAAUCUUUCUGGGGUCACUUGGGUGGCAGUA